AUGGCUUGUUGUUAUAUUGCUGCCUUCUGCAUGAGCCAACUGGUCAAAGUCUAUCAAUUUCUUGACGUCGACGAUGCCAUACGAUAUAAUGAAGACGAGCCCGAAUUACCCUACCCUACCAGCAAAUCCGCCGAUGGUGAAGACAUCAAAGGCGACAAACGUAAUGCUUCUCUUGUUUUGUCGCUGUCAGGACUUACCUGCUCAGCUUGCUCAAGUGCUGUCGAGUCAGCAUUGAGAAGCCAUCCCGAUGUGGACCAAGUACGUGUCUCGUUGGCGCUGCAACAGGCCAUUUUGAUUGGGAAGACCGCGAGUUUUGACACUCAGUCAAUUACGAGACUCGUUACUGAUCUGGGAUAUGGCGUUGAGCUUGGACCGCGAUCGCCCCAGGAGGUAAUCCGCGUUCUCAAGUCCAAAGAAGAGAUUGCCAGGCUCAAAUCAAGUCUAUCCAGUCUGGCUGGGUGCGCAACAGUCAAUCAGACGAUUGCCUUCCUUAUCUCGAUUGGACAAGGCCGCAUACCAUCGAUUAUUCUUUUCACAGCUCACCUGCUGUGUGCAACACUUAUGCUGUUUGCACAAUGGCAGUAUAUAUCGUGGAUUCACAAGGAUGGCUGGAAAGUGAUUUGUCGCGGGCAACCCAACAUGAAUACUCUGAUCUCGUCCUCGAUUUCCCUUGGCACCUUUAUCUCGUUCAUUGAUUUGUUGGAAUAUGGAACUACCGGUGCAAACUCAUAUUAUACGACCGUCAUUGGCUUGGCUCUUGUGGUGGUUGCUGGCAGAUAUAUCGAACUUAUGUCAAGGCGGACGACUUCCGAGGAUCUACUGAGAGUUUAUAAGCCGCUUACACAAAACAAUUAUAUAAGGCUUCACUCUACUGGAAAGGUUGUCCCUCAGAGUUAUCUCGCAGCCGACGAUCAGAUUAUCAUCCCACCCUAUUCUAUCAUCCCAUGCGACUGCUACGUAGCAGAGGGAACAUCUUCCAUCAACCAAGCCCUUAUCACAGGAGAAGCACUGCCGGUCCGGAAAUCUGUGGGGGACUUUCUCCUGGGAGGAACACGAAACUUGGGUAAGAAGCUGGUGGCUGUUGUCGACAAAGAACAGGGAAAUUCAUUCUACUCCCAGCUUGUCCAUGGUGCUGUUGAGGCAGCAGGCUCAAAGGACGAAGACAAUCGCACAGUUGAUAUGGUAAUGAAAUACUUGGUAGGGUUUGUCAUGUCAUUGGCAGUCGUUGUUCCCCUCAAGGAGAUCUGCACAUGUGCUGAAUCGCUGAGUUAUGAGGCGAUUCGAGUUGCGAUGGCCAGGGCGAUGACAAUACUUACAUGCGCAUGCCCUUGCGCCUUGGGAUUGGCCAUUCCCUCAGCAGUAGUUGCAGCAGUAGCAAGCCAAAACGGUCUUCUCAUCACAAGGGGUUACAACACCAUCCAGAAACUCAGCAACACGCAGUCCAUCGUGUUCGAUAAGACUGGGACUCUGACACGAGCUGUGCUAGAUAUCACGGACUUCGAAACAACAGAAGCAUGGAAGAAACCAAUCACAGAGUUUUGGACUUGUAUCUGUGCUGUUGAGGAGGGCAGUGUCACGAGUCACCCGCUCGGUAGAGCCAUAUUUACUGCCGGAGUGAGUCAUCUCGAUAGGCCUUGGUCAGAAACCAAAGCGCUUGUCGAAUCGCGAAAUAUUGCAAGUGAAUCAGGUAAAGGUGUUUCGGGAGAAGUCUCUAUAGGCCAAGAGCCCUGGCGACGUGUUGAUAUUGGGAGCAUGCGGUACUUGUUGUCCUGUGGCGUGUCUGAUCUCCCAGUGGUAUCUGAAGGACAAGACAGCGUGAUAGCAGUAUACGUCGCUGUUGAUAGGAAGUUUGCUGGAACACUCUAUGUGACAGUAAUGUAA